UUUAUUAGUUAUUAAUCCACUUGGACUUUUCAAAUGUCGUUUAUUUAUGGGAAAUAAAACCAAUUUUAAUUAACAAACAUUAUUAUAGCUCCUUCGAUUUCUCUAUAGUAUAAAUAUACAUAAACAAGCCUUAAGAAAGUACUACUACUAAUAUCGAGUUAAUUGAACAAUAAUAUAUUACAACAAUGGAGACCACUACAAAACCACCAAUGUCUAAAGUUACACUAAAACUUCUAAUCGAUUCCAAAGGGCAAAGGGUUCUUUUCGCUGAAGCAGGAAAAGACUUUGCCGAUUUUCUUUUCACGCUUCUUUCUCUGCCAGUAGGCACUGUGAUAAGACUCCUCUCCACCAAUGGCAUGGUGGGAUCCAUUGGUAAUCUUUACGAGAGCUUCGAAAACCUAAGCAGCACCUAUAUUCAACCCAACGUUAACAAAGACAUUAUUCUAAAACCAAGCAACUCAGCUCUCGGCGGUGCCGAAACACUACUUCUUUUCUUGACCAACGACGAUGCUGCCUCCUCAUUGGCUGCCAAAAAGGUCUACGUGUGUCCGUUUCAGCAUAACUGUAACCGACGCCACGUGUCGGACAAGCCUGGAGCCAUGUGUCCUACUUGUAAUCGUGCCAUCUCCCAUGAGCUGCCGUACGUGGCUGCCGUGGCAGGUGGUGGCGGCGAAGGGGGUCCGGGGUCAUUAGGUGGUGAUGAAGGAGGGUUUGUUAAGGGUGUUGUUACGUAUAUGAUUAUGGAUGAUCUUCAAGUGAAGCCAAUGUCUACUAUUUCUAGUAUUGCUAUGCUUAAUCAGUUUCAUGUUAAGGAAGUUGGCUCUCUUGUGGAGAAGACUGUUUCGGUGGGCUUGAAAGAGGGGUUGAAUUUACUGAAAGCAUCACUGCAGACCAAAACUGUUCUCACCAGUGUUUUCUUGGGAACAAGCCGAAGGACAACAAGUUCAUCUUAGAGGAUCUGCUUUAGAUCUUUGUGUUACGCUAAUAUAGAUAUAUUUAUAGCUUUAUAUAUGUAUGCUAUUUUUAAAAUUGUGUGUUUUAUUUUGGGGUGUUUAUUGUGGUUCAAUUUGGUCAUCUGAACUUACUUUUGCUGUAAGGGUUUUUUUAGUUUGAUCUUAUAUAGCUUAAGCUUGUUGCCUUGGUAGGUGUGUGUGUGUGCCUCCUUGUUUUUAUCAGAUACUAUGUUUAAGAAAAAUUUGUAUUUUCUCUUUUA